AUGACACAAAACCAAUCCACAUCAAAUAAUAAAAUAGACCUUGAACGUCAAGCAACGUUAGUAUCAGAUGCGACUAUAACUAUAAAAACUAUAAAAAAUGGCAAUGAUCAGAUUGUUAAAGACAAAAGCUCGCCAUUGUCUAAUGCUACCUUAGAUGAAACGAUUGUUUCCACUGCUUUACCUAAAAUAGUUUCAGAUUUUAAUGGAUUAGACCAAAUCGCAUGGGUUUCAACUUCUUAUCUACUCACAGCG